AAGCAAAGGCGUCGAAUUGGCUCACUGGAGCUUCAUUACAUUGUCUUUAAUGGCGUCGAAGGGGAUUACGAGGUCAUCGGAGAGAUGCACAGCGUGUUCCUCUAGCUUCAGUUUCGGGAUUCUGAGGCUCAUUACACACUGGGGUUUUCUCAUAGAUUACAGAAGCAGAACAAAGCUUCAAGCUUUCAUGGAACAUGUCAGAGUUAUCUUCUUCUUCUUUGCUUGUUUCCUAACGCUUGUUCCAUUUCAUGCCUUUGCUCAGGUAGAUUCCUAUGAGUUUGAUCCAGAUUUCAACUGUGUUGAUCGUGGCAACUUCACGGCGAACAGCACUUUUGCCGGGAAUCUCAACCGACUUGUCUCCUCUCUCUCCUCACUCAAAUCCAAAGCUUAUGGCUUCUACAACCUCUCUUCUGGAGACUCAUCUGGAGAAAGAGCUUAUGCAAUUGGUCUGUGUAGAAGAGAAGUCAAAAGAGAUGAUUGUCUCAGCUGUAUUCAAACAGCUGCAAGAAACCUCACCGAGCAGUGUCCACGGUCAAAGCAAGCUGUUGUGUGGUACACACACUGUAUGUUUCGUUACUCGAACAGGACAAUCUACGGAAGAAAAGAAACGAACCCGACUAAGGCUUUUAUUGCUGGUGAAGAGAUAUCAGCAAACAGAGAUGACUUUGAGCGUCUGCAGAGAGGACUAUUGGACAGACUCAAAGGAAUAGCGGCGGCUGGUGGGCCUAAUAGGAAAUACGCUCAAGGGAAUGGUUCAGCUUCGGCGGGGUACCGGAGAUUCUAUGGAACUGUCCAAUGUACGCCGGAUUUGUCUGAACAGGACUGUAAUGAUUGUCUAGUUUUUGGGUUUGAGAAUAUCCCAAGUUGUUGUGAUGCUGAGAUUGGUCUUCGGUGGUUUUCUCCUAGUUGUAACUUCCGGUUUGAGACGUGGCGAUUCUAUGAGUUUGAUGCCGACCUAGAGCCAGAUCCACCUGCAAUUCAGCCUGCUGAUUCACCACAAUCAGCUGCAAGAACUGAGAGGACAGGAAAGGGCAAAGGUGGAUCGAAAGUAAUUAUCGCGAUAGUCAUCCCGAUAGUUCUUGUUGCGUUACUUGCAAUUUGCCUAUGCUUGGUCUUGAAGUGGAGGAAGAACAAGUCUGGAGAUAGAAACAAAGUUCUUGGGAAAUCACCUUUGUCGGGAUCACUUGCCGAGGAUGAGUUCUCGAACACAGAAUCACUCUUAGUUCAUUUUGAAACUCUAAAGACAGCAACAGAUAACUUUUCUUCAGAAAACGAACUUGGACGUGGUGGGUUUGGUUCAGUUUAUAAGGGUGUCUUUCCUCAUGGGCAAGAAAUCGCGGUGAAGAGAUUAUCGGGUAAAAGAAACAACAAUGGUGGAUCUAAUGGUGACGAAGAUGCAGAAGAUCUUCUUAGUUGGGUGUGGAGAAGCUGGAGAGAAGACACUAUACUAAGCGUGAUCGAUCCGAGUUUAACCGCAGGAUCAAGAAAUGAGAUCUUGAGAUGCAUACACAUUGGUCUUUUAUGUGUUCAAGAAAGUGCAGCGAGUAGACCAUCAAUGGCUACGGUUGCUCUCAUGCUCAAUAGCUAUUCUUUUACUCUCCCGACGCCUUCGAAGCCUGCGUUUGUGUUAGAGAGUGUCAUUCCUUCGAAUGUUUCUUCUUCAACGGAAGGGUUACAAUUACAAAUGUCGUCGAAAGAUGUCACUGCAGCCUGGCUUGAUCUUGUUGUGAAUAAACACAAAUCUGAAGCUGUGAGAUACGUUUUCCUUUGUCUCAUUGUUUCUUUUCUUCCAGUUUAUCGAUUGUUGAUUUCGUUAAAGACGGAUAAAUAUGAGUUCCCUCCAAGUUUCAACUGUGUAGCUAGUGGAGGCAAUUUCACGGCCAACAGCACUUUCGCCGAUAAUCUCAACGGCCUUGUCUCCUCUCUUUCUUCACUCACAUCCAAACCUUAUGGUUUCUACAACAUCUCUUCUGGAGACUCAUCUGGAGAAGGAGUUUAUGCAAUUGGUCUGUGUAGAAGAGAAGUAAAAAGAGAUGAUUGUCUCAGCUGCAUUCAGAUAGCUGCAAGAAACCUUAUCGAGCAGUGUCCGCGGACGAAACAAGCUGUUGUGUGGUACACACACUGUAUGUUUCGUUACUCGAACAUGAUAAUCUAUGGAAGAAAAAAGACGACCCCAACUCUGUCUUUUCAAGCCGGUAAAAAUAUAUCAGCAAACAGAGAUGAGUUUGAUCGUCUGCAGCUAGAGCUAUUGGACAGACUCAGAGGGAUUGCUGCAGCUGGUGGGCCAAAUAGAAAAUACGCUCAAGGGAGCGGUUCGGGUGUGGCGGGGUACCCGCAAUUCUACGGAAGUGCACACUGUACGCCGGAUUUGUCUGAACAAGAUUGUAAUGACUGUCUAGUCUUUGGUUUUGAAAAGAUACCACGUUGUUGUGAUGGCCAGGUUGGUCUUAGGUGGUUUUUUCCUAGUUGUAGCUUCAGAUUUGAGACGUGGCGAUUCUAUGAGUUCGAUUCCGAUCUAGAGCCUGAUCCACCUGCUAUUCAGCCUGCUGACUCACCAACAUCAGCUGCAAGAACUGAGAGAACAGGAAAGGGCAAAGGUGGAUCUAAAGUCAUUAUCGCGAUAGUCAUCCCCAUAGUUUUUGUUGCGUUAUUUGCAAUUUGCCUAUACUUGGUCUUGAAGUGGAAGAAGAACAAGUCUGGAGGUAGAGUCAAAGGACCAAAUGCAGAGGAUGAUUUCUCAGAUUCGUUGCUAGUUGAUUUUGAAACUCUAAAGGCAGCAACAGAUAACUUUUCACCAGAAAACGAACUUGGACGUGGUGGCUUUGGCUCAGUUUAUAAGGUAUGGAGAUGUUGGAGAGAAGACAUUAUACUAAGCGUGAUCGAUCCGAGUUUAACCACGGGAUCAAGAAGUGAGAUCUUGAGAUGCAUACACAUUGGUCUUUUAUGCGUUCAAGAGAGUGCAGCGAGUAGACCAACAAUGGAUUCGGUUGCUCUAAUGCUCAAUAGUUAUUCCUAUACUCUUCCAACGCCUUCGAGGCCUGCCUUUGUGUCAGAGAGUGUCAUGCCUUCGAUUGUUUCUUCUUCGACAGAACCGUUACUAAUGUCGUUGAAUGAUGUCACUGUUUCUGAGUUAUCUCCUCGUUAGAAAGCUUAAUCUGCAUAUGUUUUAGUUUCUUCACUGAAAGCCCUCUUAAUGGGUUUUGUUUGCGUGAUUUUUUUAGACAGCUUGUCUUCAUCUAGUUUUCGAAACGAGUAGAUGUUACAGCUUUUUCUUUUAGUACUACACAUAUGUAGUUAUUGGUAAAUAUGCUUUGCAAAUUCGAUUUUACUAUGUUUUGAAAGAAAUCAUAUAACAUGAU